GGACAAAUACAAAAUUAUAUGAUUUGUCCUCGUUAACAUAAACCUACUCCACUGGCACUAGCCUAACGCUUGCUUACUUGUCUCUAUAAAAUCUAUGAUUAAAUGGAAGCUCGGUAACUUAAUCAUGUAAUCUUUAAACAUUAGAUGAAGUAUCGAAAUGCCCUUAUUUGUAUCAUAAAUCACAAAAUUGCCACUAAAUUACUCCCUUUAACUGCCAUAACAAACAGACUAUCAGCAAAAAACUUCUGAAAAUGAACAAGGCAAUCCCCGUUUUUUCCUUACAUGUAAUUAUAACCCUAUCCAUACCCUUUUUCGUCUUUUCACUCCGAACCGGACUACCACGCCUUUCCGACCCAUGCAAUCGGCCGCCGGCGGAUCUCCGAUCACUCCAAACCGAUCAAACGACGGUACUAAUCAACGGCUACUCCGAACGCCGGAUUCCACUUCUCCACUCAAUCGCUGCCACUUACGCCGCCGCAUCCUCCGUAGCCGCCGUCAUCAUCCUCUGGAGCAACCCUUCAACUCCGCCACAAAUCCUCUCAGAUCUCUCCCAAAACCUCUCCCUCUCCUCCUCCUCCACCACACCAAUCACCAUCCACCGUCAACCUUCCUCUAGCCUCAACCUCCGUUUCCACCCUCACACAUCCAUCACCACCCGAUCCGUCCUCAUCUGCGACGACGAUAUCGAACCGGACACAAACUCAAUAAACUUCGCUUUCAACAUCUGGAAAUCCAACCCAGAUCGCUUAAUCGGAUUCUUCGUCAGAUCUCAUAACUACGACUUAACACAUAAAUCCUGGAUCUACACAAUGGAAACCCAGAAAUACUCAAUCAUGUUAACAAAAUUCAUGAUCUUAAACUUCCAUUACCUCCAUCAAUACACAUGCAACAAAGAAUACUCGAAACUGAGACUAAUAGUAGACGAAAAGAACAACUGUGAAGACAUAUUGAUGAACUUUGUGAUAGCGGAGCAAGUGAAAAAGGGUCCGAUGUUGGUGGGUGCGAAGAAAGUGAGGGAUUGGGGAGAUGCAAGGAAUGAAGGUGAAGGUAUGAAGGAAAGGGAAGUGGGUUUGAGUAGUAGAAAAGGAGAGCAUAGGAAGAGAAGAGGAGAGUGUAUUGGUGAGUUUCAUAGGUUAUUGGAGAAGAUGCCAUUGAAGUAUAGCUAUGGAAAAGUGAUGGAAGCCAUUGGAGAACAAGGUUUAUGUGAAAAAGGUGGCAAGUUGGUGUAUUGUGAUAAACAAAUUUUUAGAUGAAAUUAUGAGAAUUUUCCUAAUUUUUCUUU